AUGCGGCCAGCGCGGCCGUGCGGAGUCUGCCGGGUGGCUGGGGCUGCCAAGUACCGCUGUCCGCGCUGCGCAGCCGCGUACUGUUCCGUGCCGUGCUGCAGGACCCACAAGGAGCGAUGCGCGCCGGAGCCAAAGAGGGAGCAGGAGCGAGCGGCAGCAGGACACGGACCCUGUGCAGCUCCCCUGUUCUCGCCCACAGGCAGCCUCUGGUCGGUGGAGGACAUCCUGACAGAAGAUGAUGAGCAGGACCGCGUCCCGCUGCAGAAACUCAAGCUCUUAGGGGAAUCAGAAGAACUGCAAGGCUUGCUUCUGAAUCCCCACCUCAGGCAGCUACUGCUGACACUCGAUCAAGCAGAAGAUAAAAGCUCCUUCAUGAAGAAGUACAUGCAGGAGCCAUUAUUUGUGGAAUUUGCAGACUGCUGUUUGAGAAUUGUUGAAUCUCCAGAGAAGGAGAACGUUCUUCCUGAGUGAGCUACUUUGAGAACAUUUUUUUCUUUCAUUGAGAUUUCUCCCUCCAUCAGAAGAGAUAUGGCAGCACCCACUGAUGCUGUCCUGCACCAUUCAUUAUGUUUCCUCAAGAUUCUGCUCUUGGAUGUCAGUGCUGUAGUUCUCAGUUUGGAGCUGAUACACAAUGACAUAGUUGUGUUGGACACAUUUCUAGAUCCUGGGAAUUAAAUUUGAUGUUCUGUUCACUUGCUUUGUGUUGGUACAGAAAUAGUCAGC